AUGCCCCACGAAAACAGAAAAAGAGGCAAGAAGCAUAAAAAGCCUAUCCAGGACCCGGAAUUCGACGAGAAACAACAUACCACAGACCAAGUCGAACCAGAGCCCGAAGCAGGACCGUCAUGGAUCGUCCCCGCUGCGAAUCCCCAACAAGAGGACUCGGAAGUACCUUUUGGGUACCUCGACGCGGACGUCAAGGCGUAUUUCCGGACUGUGGACGUGCAGAUGCGGCAGUGGCAGGAUAGGGAGGUGGAGGUGGAUGAUGGUGAAAAACACACGUUCUUCCUCGCUGCCCUCACGGAGAUGACAGGGAAAGAAAAACAACUCGCGACUGACCCGGAGUGUUCGGUGGUACUGGAGAGGAUGGUGCAUUCGAUGGAUGAUUUUGCUAGGAGGGUGUUUUUGGAUAGUUUGACGGGGUCGUAUGAAAUACUCGCUCGUCAUCGGUUCGCAUCGCAUGUCUGUCAGACCCUUCUCGAGGUUUCUGGGGAGACUGUUUCGAGGGAGACUAAAGGUAUACUACCGGAAACACCACAAGGUGACUCUAAAAUGGGACAUCUCCCAACGAUGACCGAACUCGUACUGGAUUUAUGCGAUGAACUUCUCCCCGUCCUGCCUCUGCUCCUCCACGACCCUUUUGGCUCACACAUAGUUCGCGCACUCGCUCUCCUGCUCUCUCCCACAUCAAACACCCAAACUCAAACCCAGACCUCCAAGCGCAGUAAAAGCUGGAAAGGCAAGCAAGGCGAGAUGCAUAGUCUCUUCAAGUCGGAAAAAAGGGAGGACGGGAAGAGGGAGAGGCCAAGGAGCUUCGAUGGGGCGGCGAGGAAAAUCGUAGGGGCGUUCAGAGAGGGUAUGAGUGAUAAUGAGGUAAGGGCGUGUGCGGGGAGUAAAGUUGCGUGUCCUGGUCUUGAUGUUCUCAUCCAAGUUGAAGCCAAGCAUGGUAUGUCAAACGAAAGCGGCAGCCUGAUGGACCGCGUAUUGGUUGGUAUGGUCGGUCAAACGCUGAACUCUUCGACGCCCACCACCGAGUCAGACUACAUCCACACUCUCCUACGAGACGCCACCUCGUCCCACCUACUCGAAACCAUCGUCACCCAAGCUCCUCAACCGGUAUUUGACGUUCUCUGGGGUACGUACCUGUGCCCGGAGAACGGCGGCGUCGAGCGGCUCGCGACGCACGUGGUGUCGAAUUACGUGCUUGCUCGAGCCGUGAGUAGGGCGAAUGCCGAGCAGCUUGGUGGUUUGGGGACGGGGUGGUGGUGGAGGGCGGUGAAGCUGGGUAGGAUGGGGGUUGUUAAAGCUAUGGUGGAGGUUGGAGGACGUGGGGAGGACGUUUUUUGGGAGGCGUUGAAGGGUGCAUUUGGGUGCGGGGAGGAGGAGAUGGAUGAAGCGGAGGUGUUGGUUAGGGCUGUGAUGAGUCUGAAGACGAUUGAGGAUUACAAGUCUGCAAGUACGCCUCCGGAGCCAAACGUCCAAGGAGCACUGUUAUUGCAGUCCAUGCUGCGUCUCAAGGAUCCGUACAACGCCGGUAUCAUAGAGAGCAUCCUAUCCCUCCCCAUAACAUCACUCGUACCCCUCGCCCAACACCCCAUCUCCUCCCGCGUCCUCGACGUAUUCCUCGACUCUCCCACCGUCCCACAUAAAGCCAAGCGCCGGCUCGUCCUGGGGUUCCUAGGGCAUUUCCAUGAACUGGUAGAUGGCAGGAUCGGGAGUCGGGUGGGGGAGAGGUGUUGGGGGUGGAGUGAUACGUAUAUGAAGGAAAAGAUCGCGCGGAGCGUGAUGGAUUACGAGCAGAGUCUGGCUGUGUCGUUUUAUGGGAGGUUUUUUGUUAGGGCGUUGAAUUUGUAUACUUUGAAGAAGAGGCCGGGGGAGUGGAGGGAUUUGGUUGGGAAGGCAAGGAAGGAGAAGAAGGAGACGGAGGAGGAGGUCGGGGUAGAGGAGGAGGAGGAGAAGGAACCUGCUGUGAAAGAGGUCAAGGUAGAAGAGGAGACGAAGCAGAAACGAAAACGAGUGAAGGAGGAGGAAGUAGAUGAGAUAGAGAUGGUGUUCAAGAAGGUGAGGAAGAAGGGCGCUUUGGAGGGAGACAAGGUGAAGCGAGAAAAGCAUGCGGGUGUGUUGGAUGAUCGGAUUAUGGAGGCUAUUAGGUCUGCUCCUGGGGAGGGUAAGAAGAAGAAGAGGAAGCGGUAGUCUUUGUGAUGUUGCCGGUAUCGAAAAGUAGAGGUACCUUACUAUGUCGGUGUUGUUCAAGGAUUCGACUCUGAGAUCUGAGGACGCGAGACGUACAUGUUUCGCAUCUCUCACGAUAUCGUAUCAAAGUCGGUACCCCAGCAAAUCCAGUUUAUCCGCGACAGACUCAGCUCGGUAUCUCGCCUGCGUGGAAAAAGUUGAAGCAACUGGUGUGAGGAGAAACUUGGGACUCCCCCCAACGUUCGGAUCUCUUUUUUUUUCAUUCUCAAAUACGCGACAAAUUAUAUCGUAGUGGCGGAUUUACCGCUUCUGUUUCCUUCAG